CACAAUUAUAUAUCUUAUUUGUCAAUCUAUCAAGUGUACCAGAUACCGCAAAGGACCCUGAGUGCACACUCUGACAAGCACAGAAACUUCCGGGCUACCUCACGCGCGAACUGCGCUGCUCUGUAUUUGCCCUUUAGUGAUCGUUGACCUUAGAAAUGGACGCGGACCCGCAGCAGAUGGCUGCCAUGAUGGCUGCUCAGGGUGGUAAGGCUGGUGGCGCGCCAAGCCAGGAGGAUAUUGAGGCACAGGAGGAGGCCAAGCGCAACGCGGAGGAGCAGCGCCGCACGAUGCUGGCAGCCUGCAUGACCAACGAGGCGCGCGAGCGACUGUCGCGCAUUGCAAUUGUAAAGCCGGAGAAGGCGCGCGGCAUUGAGAACAUGAUCCUCGCCGCCGCACAGCGGGGGGCGCUUGGGGCCAAGGUGACUGAGGAGCGGCUAGUGGAGCUGCUUGAGCAGAUCAACGAGCGGGAAGGCGCGUCCAAGCCCAAGAUCACGAUACAGCGGCGCCGGCCCAACCUGUUUGAGGACGAUUGAACCAGCAUGAGGCUGUCACUGGAGGCGGAUUGGAGGGCUGCGGGAGCGAAAGGAUGCGGCAAGAUGAGCAUGUGAUGAACAGAUGGGGGGCAGGAGUUUAGGCGGGCGUGUUUUGAGAAGUGGUGCAACGCGGGCGUCGUGGCUGAUCCACCAGGGUCAAAAGUGAGGAGGUGCGGCGUUGGCAGGAACUGGCGAAAGGCAAUGCAACGGACACAUAAGUGGUGCGAAAGCGAUGUGCGGUUGUACGGCGAGCUCGGUGAGCUAAGGGCGGAGGUUGACCAAAGCUUUCAAAGUUGCUGUUGUUGCAAGCAAGGCGUACACCACGGUCUGAGCUGGCUAUGGCUGCAAUAGCUAGCGUGCAUUGUAUGUUGUACAUUGCCUUGGAGGUUGCGAUGAGGCUUUUAUGCAUGCUCGUGGUUUCCGCGAGGGCUUGGAACAGGCUGCCAGUCAGGCGGUGCGGUGAUGGGAAGGUGUUGACGUGUUUCCCGUGUUGAGCACGCACACAACUCAGCCAGUUGCUGAGCCAUGGCGUGGACGUCUGCACGUGACUGUAACAGGACACGCCA